AUGUCGCAAAUCGAGACGGUCCACAAAGGCGCCAUCCUCGUCUCUGAGCCCCCCGGGGCCAUUGAACUCGAUGUGCUUGGGACUUCCGACGCCGCCAGCGCCUCUAACCCCUCCAACUCUCCUCCAGAUGAGACCGAGUAUCCCCCCCUCACCAUCGUCUCCGUCGUCUUCCUCGCCGUCUCCCUAGUCCUUGUCCUCGCCGCCCUCGACGGAAACAUCAUCGCCACCGCAGUGCCUUCCAUCACCGAUCAUUUCCACACCGUUGCCGAUGUGGGCUGGUACUAUACCGCCUAUCGCCUGGCAUCCUCUUCCCUGCAGUUUGCUUUUGGCAAAAUGUACACCAUCUUCCCCACCAAGCCCCUCAUCCUCGCCUCCACCGCCAUCUUCCUUUGUGGCUCCGUCCUUUGCGCCGCUGCUUCCUCUUCUAUUAUGUUUGUCGUCGGCAGGGCCGUCACCGGUGUCGGUUUGGCUGGCGCCGCCGCCGGCUUCUUCACCAUCAUGGUUGCCAUCCUCCCACUGUCUCGCCGUCCGCUCCUGAGUGCCGUUUUUGGCCUUGUGGAAGGCGUGUCAAACGUCGCCGCCCCGCCUAUCGGAGGGGUGAUUGUUCAAACCCUGUCUUGGCGCUGGUGCUUUUGGAUCAAUCUCCCCGUUGGCGGAGCAGCCAUACUGGCCAUGAUCUUCUUUCUCCCAGAAACUAGCAAGAACCGACCAAAGCUCACGGGACGAGAGAUCGUCCGCAAGCUAGACCUGACCGGCACGUUGGUCUUCAUCCCUUCGUUGACUGCCCUUUUCAUCGCUUUCAACUGGGGAGGCAUCGUGUACGCCUGGAACAAUCCCAAGAUGAUCGCCCUCUACGUUGUCUUCGCCUUCCUCUUGGGCAUCUUCGCCAUCGAUCAAGUGGUGAAAGGCGACGAUGCCAUUCUCCCGCUGCGUGUCAUGAAAGAUCGGAACGUCCUGGCUGGCGCCCUUUUCAUCACUGCACUCUCAGGAGCUCUCGCCGUCCAGGAAUACUACGCGCCUACCUUCUUCCAAGCCGUGCUCGGGUACUCGCCAGCCCGCUCGGGCUACCUGAUGCUGCCAUGUCUCAUCGGCACCAUCAUCGGCUUCAUGUCUGCAGGCGGCGGGACCUCGUACUUUGGAUACUUCACCCCGUUCAUGUUCGCCACAGCCAUCCUCCUCCCCAUCGGCAGUGGCCUCCUCACAACCUGGUCCUCCUCGACCACCAUCCCCUUCUUCGUCGGCUCCUUCUUCCUCGUCGGCCUCGCGUCCGGCCUCGGCUUCGGCGCCCCGCAAACCUCCAUCCAAACCACUCUCCCCAAAGCCGACGUGCAGCUCGGGAUAGCCGUCAUGCUCUUCUUCCAGAACUUCGGCCCGGCACUGUUCGUCGCAAUUGCACAAGCCAUUUUUACGAACCGCCUGUCCGCUAAUUUGCAGGCGUUGGCGCCGGGCUCGAAUGUCACGCGCAUCGAAACGUUGGGCCUCACGGAGAUUAAGCAUCAAUUUACUGGGGUCAAGCUGGAGGAAGUGACGCGAGGGUUCAGUGAGUCGAUUGAGCAGACGUUCUAUUUGGCGCUGGGGUUGAGUUGUACCGCGAUCGUUGGCGCUGCGUUUACCAAUUGGGCGUCGGUGAAAAAGAAGGAGGAUUAA